AUGGAUCUGUUUAAGGCAGAAGCAAAAAAAGCCUUGAAUGAAUUGAGGGAUCAAGCAUCGGCAUCUAAUGGAGGAGGAAUUCUAGAAACCCCGAUUCAACCAGAUCUUGGCUUAGGAAUUGUACCAAGUAUUUUCAGUUACAUCCUAUGGAUGAAGUAUACAAAUUCACUUAGCAGCUAUGAAUUAGGCCAUGAUGAUAUAGUGGGAGAGUUAAAUAAAUUGAUCCAAGUUGGUACAGUCUUGGAAUACCAAGAAGUGUUUGAAGAACUGAAGGCCUUGAUGUUAGCUAAGAAUAAGCAUCUUACAGAGGAGUAUUUUACUUCUAGUUUCAUCAGUGGACUUAAGGAUGAAUUGCGAAUAGCAGUUCAAAUGUUCUCCCCAACUACCUUAGACAAGGCUAUUUACCUAGCCCGGAUGCAAGAGGUUUUGUUACAAAAUACUGCCAAGAAGGCCAAGACUACCAAGUUUCCACCACUAUUUAUUCCACAAGGCCACAAAAGCAUAUUGUCUAGCCCACAACCAAAGUCUCCAUCACCAAGAGGCAGCACCAGCACCACUACAAAUCUUCCACCCAUCAAGAGACUCACAUAUGCUGAUAUGAGAGCUAGAAGAGAGAAGGGGCUUUGCUACAAUUGUGAUGAAGUUUACUCCAAAGGACAUAAAUGCAUUAAACAACAAUUAUUCAUGCUUGUUGGAGAUGAUGAGGGAACUUCUACUUCUGAAGAUGAGUCACCUACCAACUCCCCCCUUAUCCAAGAGGUGACAGAGGAUGAGGUAGAGAUUUUAGUUCAUGCAUUGACAAGUAAUAUCACCCAAAACACUGUUAAGAUUUUGGGGUCUAUUAAAAAUAAGAAAAAAUUCACCAUUCUGAUAGAUAGUGGAAGCACACAUAGCUUCAUUGAUCCUGAGUUAGCCAGGCAGUGUGUCUGUUAUAUGGAACCCACAGGUGCAUUCCAAGUAGCAGUGGCUGAUGGAAAUAAAUUAAUAAGCAGUGCUAAAUGUCCAGACCUUCAAUGGAAAAUGCAAGGCCAUUCUUUCAAGUUUGAUAUGAGGGUUUUAGCCUUAGGAUGCUGUGAUAUGGUUCUAGGUGUGGAUUGGAUGAGAGAACUUUCUCCUGUUAAAUUUGAUUUCAAGAAUAUGCUUAUUUCUUUUAAGAAAAAUGGGAAGGAGGUUAUUCUACAAGGUAAUGCUGAGUCCACCAGCAUCUCAGUUAUGACAGGAGAGUCUUGUCAAAAGUACUUGAAGAAACACAAACAUGGCUUGGUGGGUCACCUAUUCUCCAUCACUGGUACUGAUUCAACACCCACAAUACCUACCAUACUCCAACCCCUUCUUGAUUCAUUUAAAGGCAUAUUCCAGGAACCUACUACUCUCACUCCCACUAGAGCACAUGACCACUAUAUUCCACUUCAACCAUUAUCUUCUCCACCCAACCAGAGACCUUACAGUAUUCCAUACAUUCAGAAGGAGGUAGUAGAGAAGUUAGUGCAAGAAAUGCUUAAUUCUGGGGUUAUCAGGCCCAGUCACAGUCCAUUUUCAUCUUCCAUACUCUUAGUUAAGAAGAAAGAUGGGUAUCAUCAAAUUAGAAUUCAUCUACCAGACACCCACAAAACUGCUUUCAAGAAUCACCACGGGCACUAUGAGUUUUUAGUCAUGCCAUUUGGCCUUACAAAUGCACCAAAAAGCUUCCAGGCCUUAAUCAAUGACAUUUUUGAACCUUAUUUGAGGAAGUUCAUUUUGGUAGUCUUUGAUGAUAUCUUAAUCUAUAGCCCAGACAUGGAAACUCACCUCCAACAUUUUUCCACUGCCUUCAGCAUACUCAAGGAGCAUUCUCUCUUUGCUAAAUUCAGCAAGUGCUCCUUUGGACAGUCCCAAAUUGAGUAUCUUGGGCAUAUCAUUUCCAGUGAAGGUGUUGCGGCUGACCCAGAGAAGAUAUCCUGCAUGGUGAAAUGGACUAUACCCACCACCUUAAGGUAUCUUAGAGGUUUUCUAGGCCUUACAGGUUAUUACAGGAAGUUUGUCAAUAAUUAUGGCCUUAUUUGCAAGCCAUUGACAGACUUACUUAAAAAGACUAAUUUUAGAAUGCAGAAGACCAAUAAGCUUUUGAGCAACUUAAAGAAGCUGUUACUUCAACCUCUGUGUAGAUACUUCCAGAUUUCUCAAAACCAUUUGAGCUAG